AUGAUUGAUGUGUACGUGACAAUGAAACUACCCGCAAGGCUAUUGCAAGAUAUCACAAAAGUUGGCUUGAAAUACGAGUGCUGGAAUGGGUUUGGCAUACCACCACGACAGCACCUGAUUAGACGCGUAAAAGAUGUGAAAGGCCUUAUCUGUCAUCCGGGAGUCAGUGUUGAUGCUGAAAUUUUGGAUGCAGCUGGCAGCAGUCUCAAGGCUAUAAGCACUAUGUCAGUUGGAUACGACCACCUGGAUCUUAAAAGAAUCAAAGCCAGGAAUAUUCGCGUAGGAUACACUCCUGCAAUACUAACUGACGCUACCGCCGAGUUGACUAUUAGUCUUUUGCUCGCAGUUUCGCGUAGAAUAAGGGAAGCAUCUGAAACCGUAACCGCUGGGAAAUGGGGCGCAUGGGAGCCCUUCUGGAUGUGCGGAAAGGGUCUGAAAAAUUCCACCGUUGGAAUUUUUGGUCUUGGACGUAUUGGAACUGCCGUUGCAACCCGUCUAGCAACCUUUUCUCCUGAACGCAUUAUUUACUCAUCAUCAGGUCGCCGUCCUGGUUGCUAUAAGUCAGUUCUACUUCUCACCAAGUCUGACGGAACACAAAUCGAAGCAGAACCAGUUUCUUUCAAUGAGCUCCUUCAACAAUCUGACUUUCUCUGUGUCUGCACCUCUAUGGAUGGGGAACUUGAAGGCGUCUUCGACGACAAGGUAUUUGGUAAGAUGAAACCGGGUGCCGUGUUCGUGAACAUAGCGCGUGGUGCGAUUGUUGACCAGGAGGCUUUGUACCGAGCCCUAACAAAGGGAGUCGAGGCCGGAGGACUAUAUGGUGCAGGUUUGGAUGUCACCAUGCCGGAACCUCUGCCUCCUAACUCACCGCUGCUAAAGUUACCCAAUUGCUUCGUCUUGCCACACAUUGGGAGCGCUACCGAGGAGACUCGAUGGCUGAUGGCUAAACGCGCAGUCGAUAAUCUUAUUGCCGGUCUCUCAGGUCCUCAGAAAUCAAUGCCAUCAGAGUUGAAAUUCUAG